GUAUGGUAGCUACAGUAGAGAAUUAUGGAACAGAUGCCCUUGAGGAUUGGGAAGUAGAUGAACUCCUUGACUGGACCACAAGUCUUAACUUUGAAGAUUACCAGAGUGGAUGGAAAGAACUUGCUACCAGUGCAAACUCUGAAAAACAAAUAGCAAAAGUUCCUAGUACAGUCUGGGAUAGAAUUCACACAGCCUCUGAAUCCACAGCAGAGGACAAGAUGAGAUUGUUAACAAGUACAGGUGACCCGUAUGAGUUCACCCUGUCAACCGGUCCCUCCCGCUACCAGUCCACCCAGCAGUCGAGGAACACACCCGUGUCUAGUGUUAGUAGUACAACAGGUAGACAGCAGCAGGCCGUCAGCUGAGUCUUCACACCGUCCACCUAGGUUUUACCAAUUGGAAAACUUGAUAUCUUAAAAUAUUGAUACCUUUAUAUACAUGUAUUGAUAUCUUUAUAUAUUGAAAUUAAGAUAUCUAGAAAUAUUGAUAUCUUCAAGAAUAAUGAUAUCUAAAUAUUCAUAUUUUGAAAUAUUGAUAUGUUGAAAUAUUGAUAUCUUGAAAUAUAUCGAUAUCUUGAAAUAAUUAUAUUGAUAUCUUGUAAUAUUGAUAUAUAGAAAUAUUGAUAUCUGAAAUUAUUGAUUAUCUCUUCCAUUUACGGAACAUUUUCCUGAUUAUUGAUUUUGGUCUAUAAAAUUAUGAGAUUCUAGCAAUUUAAGUUUUAAGUCUUACAUAAUUGUUAAUUCAGAAUCUUAAGCGCUAUUAUUUUUUUCAUUCAGUUACCCAUAUAAGUCAGUGGUUUGUCUUUGUGCCUUUUUCAUGUACUGAGUAAAUUUGAUUGGUCAGUAAGAAGUUAACAUUUCAGUUUUUGACCAAUUAUGUCAUCUGUUUUCUUGUAUGUAGUAUGUGUUUCUAUAUACAAAAGUAUAAAACUGUUUUGAAGUGUAGAAUUAAAAAAAAGUUGUCAAUUGAAUUAAUUUUUGAAAGUAAUUGUGUAUGAUUGGUUAACAUCAAAUAUGUCAAAAAGAAUGGAAAAAAAGUUAUAAGGCACAUACUGAUGAGAUAUUACUGACUCAGUGACAUCAUUUAUGACAUCAUGUCUGACGUUUUCUUUAGUGAAUUGGGGGAAAUACAACACAAUUUUUACCUCUUUUUGUUUAUCUGAAGUAAAACAGUGCAUUUGUAGAGUUGAGUAUGUUUAGUGGAAGCACCUUGUUAUGAAUCAGUAUUAAAAUUAAUAUAUGCUUUUCUUCUAUUUCUUCCUCCUAUUAAAAGUCCUAUAUCAAAACUUACUAUGUUAAAAUAUCCUUACUUUUGAUUUGGGCACAACCAUUCAUUAUUUUUAGGAAUUUUUAAAGUACAUAUUGACUAAAGCAAACAGUGCAGACCAUGAUCAGAUGUCACAGAUGUGCUGGCUAAUCUUGGUCUGCACUGGUUGCUUGGGUAGAUUCUGUUGCUGCAGAACAUUUAUUUGUCUGUAGUAAAACUGUUUGAUUUUUGAAACAAAGAUUAUCUCCCUUAGAAUGACUAUGUAUCUCGCUUGUCUCCCUUGGAAUUGCAAGAACUAUAAUCUUAUAAUACUGUGCCUUACAUUUCAAUAAUUUGCAUUAAAUGCAAUUAUAGCAUUUAGAUAUUAAAAUCAUUGUAUAUAAAACAAAUUUGGACUUUAUCGAAAUAUUGUGUCUGGGAUUUUGAAAAUCAUGUUUUAGCAAUAUGUGAAAUGAUAGGAAUAGUUUACAUGACUAGGAAAUAUGCAUGUGCAAAACGAUGAAUAAAUUGCCUUUUGACAAACCUGUUAACUUUUAGACACAAUAUAAUCCUUUGAAUCAAAUCUUAAACAGAGUUUUGUUUUAUUCUUUUCCUUUUAAUUCUUUAUAGAAUUUAUUGGUACUUCAAUAAGUUAAGAUUAUAAAAAAAAUUAUUGAAUCAGCAUAUCAAAUAUUAAUUUGUUUUUCCUAAGUAUUGCUCAUAAAUUGCAUUUUUAUUUAAUAUAUAUUUUUUGUUACCGAUUACCAUAUUUUGUCUCACAAAUAUUCUUUUUACUAGUUACUAAUUUCCUCAAACAAAAACCUAGUCCAAUCCGUCCAUAGGGGAUAUUUGUUUGACAAAAUAUGGUGAUUUAUUUAAAUAUUUAAGUUUAUAUAUGAAUUAUUACUAUGUUUAUGUUUAUUUCAAAGUUACUCUGUAUUAUAUUAUUGUAAUAUAAUUGUGAUAAAUUUAUAUGAUUGUUUGCAGUUGUUAAAGUCAUGUAAUAAAGAAGGCAUAUUGCCUAAAAGCAUAUUUA